AUGCAGGGCGCAGACAAAUUCUACGAUGCCAUGCGCGAAGCAAACUUUAAGUCCAGGUACCAAAGCUUGCUUUGCAAAGCUUGCAACAAGGAGAUACGAGGAUACGACUCCAUGGAUGCGCUGGACAUCUUGAUCUCCCACUUCACGGGCAAUCCGCACCGAAAGAAGGCCAGACAACUAGCUCCUGAUGAUGAAUGGCAGGAGUUCAUCUCCCGCGGCGAUGAGAAAAGAGUUUGGCUCAACCAUCGCACGGGCGAAGUCUGGAAGGGCCGUCAGUGCCGAUACCGGCCAUCGGACUGGGAGAGCGGCAUGAGGACGCUCAAUUGGUGGCUCUGGCAAAAGACUUUGAACAUGCGGGAGCAAAGAGAAGACAAGCCUUUGACGCAAUUCCAAGGGCCAUGGGACAAGGGCGACGGCUCCGCAGAUGAGGUCGAUACAAGUCCACUGGCUUACGAUGAGCCCGACGACCCGGCCGCAUGGAAGGGUGGCUCGUUGAAGCAACGAGUCGUUGAUCUCAAGCAUGAUCUCUGGGAGGAGAUGGUGGCCAAUGACGAAGAAUCCCGGGACCUGACAAACUCAGACCUCUUCGACUGGAGAACAUAUCUGAAGCAGCUCCAGAAGAUGCCACCGGACCUGGCAGAUGAAGCAAAGUCCUUCAAAGCAGAGAUUCAUAGGACAGCCUGGUGCAGCUGGACCAACCGGCCGCAGUUCCAUUUCGCCGUGGAAACGAACCGCUUCCGAAUCCUUGUGAACCAGCCGAGGGGGGAGGUCAGGCACUCUAAUCUACUAUGA